AUUGGCUCUUCCCUCUGCAGGCUCUGGCAUGAACAGUCUGGAUGGUCUGAUUGGAGCAGAGGAAAAAGUCAUCAACAGCAAGAGCAAGAUCAGUGAAAAUGUGGUGAUUGAUGAGACUCUGGAUGUUAAAGAAGUGAUUUUGAAUGGUGUUGAUCCUCUGUUCAGCCGUGGAUCAGAGCAGGAGACGUUCCGCCCCCUGGUGGAUGAUUUCAGCUUCGGAAGCAGCGCUCUGAUUGGCCUGCUGGUGAUUGCAGUGGCCAUAGCGACCGUGAUUGUGAUCAGUCUGGUGCUGCUGAGGAAGAGGCAGUAUGGAACCAUCAGUCACGGCAUUGUGGAGGUUGAUCCUAUGCUAACUCCAGAAGAACGUCAUCUGAGCAAGAUGCAGAACCACGGCUACGAAAACCCCACCUACAAAUACCUGGAGCAGAUGCAGGUUUAGCGGCGCUGUGGAGCUAGAGAGGGGUGAACAUGCUACUGACCAAUUCUAAAACUGCUCUCAAAUCAUUUCAUGCAUUUGAAAUGCAUAUUCUGCUUCAUUUCAAGAAAACAAAAAACAAUGCUUUAUUAAUACUACUACUUCUAAUACUGCUACUGUUGUACCAUGGAGCGCGAUUUUAUGCUCUUGUAACUUUUUUUUAUUUGAAAGUCAAUGGUUUUAAAUCAGGAGAACAUGAUUCGGCAAAUUAGCCUGGAAUUGAUUUUCCGUAAUUGAAAUGGGAACGUAUUGUAAUGUUAUUUUAAAUGUUGAUUUUAUAAAGUUGUGUUCAAAUCUAGUCUAUAGAGGUACAGCAAAGCCAAAUCAAUCAAUAUGAGACCGCAGUUUAUCUACACCAUCGCUGGCCGCCGGAUAUACUUCUUUUAAAUAGAUUGCUUGUAUAUGAAGGUUAUUUGUAACGACUUAAAUGUAUAGUGAAUCAGAAAAUAUGAAAAGAAAAUCAUUCAUUCAUUUACUUUGUAAUUAUUAAAAACACACAAUAUACGUAAAUAGAAAAAGUAGAUGGUAAAUUUAUUCAUAGUCAUAUUUUUUUUUUCCAGAGCUUAAAUCUUUGCUGGGUUACAGGUUUAAACUUUGAGAUUGAUAUUCCCGGUCCAAACAUCUGAUACCAUCGCCUGUGUAAGGUUCGAACUGAAUGGCGUGACGGCCUGCCAGAAUUUUUGGCUGAUUGUGAAUGUAGAGGUGCACGAUUUCUGUAACAUUACCACGUCAUUUAUUUUUAUCUUUUGGUUAUGGUGUCAUAUGCUUGAAUCAAUAAACGGUGUGGCCCCUGCAGAUGAUCAGUGUGGAUUGGUUUGAAGGGCCACAAGGUUAGGGGCCUCCAGACUCCCAUAUCACACUAAAAUCUCUUUACUCGGAUUUUACUCAAUGAAUGUUAUUUUUCAUGCAGUUACACUCCAACACUCCCUUUUUAUAGUAAAUCUGGCCUGAUAAAAUGUUGCAUUCAGCUUAAGCUUAUCACAGUUGUUACUGCAUUUUCAUUUAAUAGCUGCCUAAUGAGAACUGUCAUGGAGAAUUUGAUCAUGUGGCACACAUCAAAGAGAGCAUAAAUACGUUACUGGAGUCAUCUGUAAUUAUACUACUAUGAUAUAUUACUACAUAAGUCCCACAAGGACAUACCCUUGUAAACCAACGCACUAAAGUUAUGCAGCUGGAGGCCAAGGCAAGUGCAAGAAUUGUUUUGCCUGUCCACUACGAUGGAAGGCAAGGAAAAAAAAUUAAUCAUUUUUUUCUCUCUCUGAGUCUUCCCCCUGCUUAGCGAUGUCUUUGUAUGCCUGUAUAGUUGAUGUUGCAAUCAUGGCUUUUAUCAAGGACAACCUGUGGUGUGCAUUGUUCUUAUAUGAGAUGUUAUGAUAUAUAUUUUUAAGUUGGUUCUCUUCUUUUAUUUUCAAUUUUUUUUCCCUCUUCCUGUGACAGUAUUUCUGUAUGUGACUUUCACUAUGCACCUAAAUGGCUCCAAUCUUGGACCUUGUCAUUGCCUGCUUGAUUGUGGAAAUGGUAGAAGGGGUGAGGGGAAAAUAAUACAACGUCCAUAUAUUAGAAGUAAAAUAUGAUUGAAUCCAGUAGAAAUGGCUUCUUGGUUACAGGUGGGAAACAUCAAUAAAUUCACUACUUCCA